GAUUUAAAGUACGAACAAAUUACAGUAGAGAAAGCCUCUCUCAGAAAAACAGGCAUCUCCCCAACCUCUUCUCUUGGCCUGUAAAUAACCUGCUCUAGCUCUCAAACCCGUGUCACAGCAGUGCCUGCAAUGAAUCCAUCAACCAAAAGUGUCAUGGCUUUGGCAUCUAAUCGAUGCUAGUCUCUGCCCUUCCAUAGGUCAGUGUCAAAGCAUUGAGACGUCUCUGCCAGAGCUGCAGAGCCUCUGAUUCAGUAUGACUCCAUCUUCCAGUUUCGUUCCCUAUUAAGAAGACAUAGACUUCGGACUUUAGAUUUUUUCCACGGUGAAUACUUAACGAUUAUGUUUCUGAAUAUCUUUGGACGCACACUUCUGUUCAUACACAAUAACCUUUGAUGUCAAGAUGAUGUUUGUCAGGCUGCUGGGAGACCAUCUGGAUCUGCUGCAAGCAGUGGCACAUAAACAUUAGCAGUCGACCACAGGAGUCAACCUCCCUCCGUCCACCCGCCCUUUCUCUUCACUCCGUCUGUGUAAGAGGUGGAAAACACCAGCAAGGACACUACUUCACUGAGCCAUAUGCUUCUUUAUUUCAGCACAUUAGGGCAGACUGAGGCUUUCAGUAUAACUUCUCAUUGGUUGCGUUUUGAAUGUGCAAAGGUCAUAUUCUCCCAAGUACAGGCCAUAAGAAAGGAACCGUGUCCUUAUUGUCCUGACAAUGCCAGACAGUCUGAUCCAGCAGAAGACAACUUUCCUAGAUCUGCACAACCGGUGCAGCUUCCAGUCUUCCCAUGGGUCCAGCGUUCCUCUCUAAUCAACCCCAAAGACAUCUCUGCUGCCCAUGUCACAAAGAGCCACCGUAAACUCCUCCUUAAGAGCGGUCUGCUUGUCCAGCAGCUCAACGCUGACCCUCCUGGCCAGAUCAAGGAGAACCCAGAGCAACUGACUCAGGUGCAGCUGUCCCGUCAGAUGCUGAUGAGGGAGGUCUGUGCCAAAUACACAAGCGGAUCCACCAAACAGACUAUAACCCGCAUGCAUGUGUCCCGUAUCUUUGUGGAGGACAAGCACAAACUCCUCUACUGUGAGGUGCCCAAGGCGGGCUGCUCCAACUGGAAGAGGGUGCUCAUGGUGCUUCAAGGUCUCGCUUCUUCCACUGGAGAGAUCCAACAUGACGAGGUGCAUUAUGGGAAUCAUCUCAAGCGUCUUGACUCGUUCGAUCAAAAUGGCAUCAUUCGUCGUCUGAAGACCUACACCAAAGUCCUCUUCCUGAGGGAACCUUUCGAAAGGCUAGUGUCUGCUUUUCGGGACAAGUUCGAAAGCCCAAACUCGUACUACCACCCCGUGUUCGGGAAGCCCAUCAUAUCGAAAUACCGCAGUAAUGCGACACAGUACGCCUUGCGCACAGGAGCGGGUGUGACCUUCAAGGAAUUCAUCCAGUAUCUGUUAGAUGUGCAUCGACCAGUUGGCAUGGACAUCCACUGGGAGCCCGUAGGACAUCUUUGCAGCCCCUGCCUGCUGGACUAUGAUUUCAUUGGGAAAUUUGAGACUCUGGAGGAAGAAGCCAAUUUCCUUUUGAGAAGUAUCGGAGCUCCUAAAAAUUUAACAUUCCCUAGUUUUAAAGACAGGAACCCUAAUGCAGAAAGGACAUCUUUGGAUAUCACAAGGAGAUAUUUUGCUCAACUAAAUGUGACGGAGAGACAAAGGGCAUAUGACUUUUACUACAUGGACUAUCUGAUGUUCAACUACUCCAAACCGUUUAAAGAUUUAUACUGAGGCAUUCACAGUAGUCUAAUAAACUUUCUGUUGGCCCGUUGUUCACAUUUAGUCCUAGUGAGGUUAUUUUAUUACUGUCAAAUGUCAUUGUUUGUUUGAUAGCAAAUUUCAAUGUGAAAUAUUACUCACAUUCUGUACUUAUCGCUGCAGGCUGGUCCUUGCGUUCAUCUUGAUAUUUACAAAACAUAUUCAAUUCUAUUCAGUAAGAAACCUCUUAAUGGGAUAAUCUGCCCCAAAAAAUAAUAAUUGGACAUAAUUUACACACUCUUUAUGUAAUUUUAAACGAGUGUGAACAAAUAACAAAUUAUUUUGAAGAAUGUUUCAGCUGUUUUUUGUAAAAACUAUGGUGGACAAAAUGCCCGAAUUUUCAUUUUUGGGCAAACUGUCCCUUUGUUGUGUGUGAUUUUGUUCAGACUGUCUCAAACUGCCUUGAAUGAAUAGACUACUAAGAGUGUAUUAAAAGUCAAGAUGUUAUUUAUAUUAGUGUUGAAAGAAAAUUGUCCAGCUAUGAGUAUCACUGCUCGAUAUAACAUUGCGAAACAUUUUCAACAACGAGACAGACCGUCGCUGGAUUUAGUGUGGUACAUCUGGUAAUGGUAAAAUCUGGUUUUUGGUGAAUGUAUAAAAAACGAUUUGUCUACAAUGUGUCAUGUAUUAGAGCAUGACCUGCUACACCUUUUCCUUUCACAUUUCUCAUAUUAUGACGUUUUCUGUAUAUUAAUAAAUGUCAGCACAAUAUUUUAAUGUUAGUUAGAUGACA